CUUGUCAUCACUUCAUAGGUUGGCGGCAAAUGUACGUGCCCGAGAAACCCUCGGGCCCCCCUGACGUGUCGACUCGAGGACGCCCAUGAUCGAUCGUUCUUUUUAUUGUGCAUCGCUCCCAUGGCAACAUGUCAGACCACCAGCUUUGCAGCCCAACCGCACUAAUGCCAGUAUUGCAUCUGGAGUGUUCAAGGGUUUACUAGAAGGAAGCGGAGUGACUGAAGAGGAAGCACUGUGACGUUUUCGGUUUCCUUCGAGAGGCGCCUCAAACCUCGUUGGCAUUGCAGACAACGUCAGAAAAUGUCCCUCCUGACCAGUACAACAUGAUUGUGUUGUCAUCGCCCCCAUGCUUUCCGACAUGAGCCGCAUCGAACCAGGACUGCAGCGACACAAAGGUUAGGCCUCUGACACUGACGGGGUCUCGUCCCCAUUUGAAAAAGAAAGUCACCAAGGAAAAACAACAUGUUCAAGCUACCCCUAUACGUCUACAUACAAAUUUAGCCAUUGUCAGCCCUUGUAUGUGAUGACGCCCAGGCCCUUGAAAUGACUGCAAGUCUCGCUUUCGAUGUUGGCGUGAACAGGCGUCGGUCAACACGGCUAGGUCUAAUAUACCAUCUGUGGUGGACGGGGGAGCCUCAGGGGUAAGCGGAUCCAGGUUCGUCUAAAUGCAGUCCCUCGGCUUCUCAAUCCAUGGAGAGACUGAUGCGACGAGUAUUCUCUCCAGGCCUAUAUUUGGUGUGCGCCAAGCUGCUAUCCCAGGAGUGGCCGCUCCGAAUCAUCUUGAUCACUCAUUCGGGCCUCUUGAUUUCGGUACAGGAUGAAGUGUUGAACGAUGAAAAUGAUGUCGAAGAUGAUGCUGAUAUUGGAAAGACCCAAUUUCAAAGGGUUGCCAGUAAUGCCGCUCCAGUCACCUUGAAAGCUAGCAUCGAUGACCAAUUGAAGCAAGGACAGCACCCCUCCAGUGAUGUCGAAUAAGAUCUGUGAGAUGCUCCAACCCACCGUGGAUUUGCGCUCAAAAUUCACAAUGACCUGCGGGAUGUACUUGACAAACGUACAGAUGAGCUUCACAUAGCCCAGGGUAUAGAGCUAUCAGCAUGUUAAAAUAGGCUGCUCUACUGGUGGGACACGACACAAGCACCUACCACAUCGAUCCACGCCCAUUCCUGCGGAUCUUGAUGUUGAAGGCCAGAGUGACUGACCACGAUUCCAAUAACAGCCAAUAUAGCCAGGACACUGCCCCAAACAAUACCUAAGACAGGUUUCGCGGCCCGUUGGCGUGAUGAUACCUUGAAUCCCCACAACCAGGGAUAGAAUUGUGAAUAGGUCAGGACAACCAGGAUCACGGCAUGCACGCCGAAAACCACGUCGUUGAAUUGAACAGUUGGUUCGGGAGAUGCUGGAUGUCUUGCAGCGUAUUGAUUCCGGAUUGUGGCGGAGUACAGAAACCCGCAGGAAGAUAUGCUGUAGCAGAGAAACCCAAGGACAUUGAGCAAAGGAAAGUCGAUAGCGAGACCCAAUGUUGAUUUACGCCGCCAGUUCAGCCAGGGUUGCGGAUAGAAAGAAGCACUCCAAGAUAGAGUACUGCGUUGACAUGAGCAUCGAAAGACAUUCGGCCAGAGCGAUAUUCACUUACUAGAUCCAGCCUAGAAGACUGCUCGACGCAUCAGCAUUUGCCUAUCGACAGGGAGAGUGGCACGCGUCAAAGUAUUCCACUUACCUAGAAAGGGCUUUGACCAACGUAGCCCAGUCGCCAUCGCUGCUCUUGGUCAUGAUUCAGUCGAGGGACCUGGAGACCUUUCAUCACCAUCAGUUCUCACUAGACCGACACUCUAUACCACGGUCCUUGGGAGUGAUGUCUCAUUGAUCUCGUAAGAUGAUGAAUGAGAAACGUGCAAGAUAGUUUGCGAUGAAAUCCGAGCUCCGCCGACGAUGUGAUAAGGUACGUGGUGGAGACAGUCUAGUCUGUACAGUCCAUAACAAUAGGCAGGGAGUAUUGUACGGAGCAUCAAUCAGUACAAUACAAUGAAUCGGGAGUGUGCUGUACUUCGUGGUGAGUGAGUACUGCGGGUAAGUGAAUGAAUAACCGGAUGAGGUAGCGAGUGGUUGCUGUUCCAACGCCGGCGAAAACGGAUCUUGGCGUCACGGGGACAAUGGCAGCGAACCAGAAUGUUUGGAUCAGCCCAACCUGCUUUGCACUGCAUGCACCUGAACAACUCACAGACAAUUCUUGCUGUCCAUCACUCUUGUCCGCCUGAUCUUUGACAAAGUGACGAAAAGACAGGAAACGGAUCCUCGUCAAUUUGUUUGUGUGGUUCCUGGUCAACUAAAGCACCAAACAAGCCUAUCCUACUUCCCUACCCCGCGCAAGAUCUCAAAGUAAACAAAAAGUUCCUCGAUCAGCCCUCCGAAUCGCACAACCUCGAUCCCAUCGUUCUAGGAUUCACAACAUCGGACUAUACAAGACAAUCCAUAGAGAAGGAGAUCACGAUUGUUCGACUUGGACCCUGCUCUUGCAUGGUCCGCACGUUUUGAUGAGUGGAGGUCAUCCUCCAGCAAGGACCUCUCCUACACACGAGCCAUGUCGCCCUCACCGCAGUUAGCUCCACCAGGGAGCAGCUCGUAUGAUUCGAGCACAAUGCACGUCGGUGAUGGUACAUGGGAUGCAGGAAGAGAUGAUUUUCUCUUGCCCAAUUUGGUCGGGCUCAAUUUUGCAACAAUGAGAUACAAUGGCAUGGGCAACAGGUUCUUUACCAUGAGCGGAUACCACUCCUUGGUCGAAGCUCACGGCAUCAUUGCUGCCGUUACAUUCCUCGGAAUAGUUCCACUGGCCAUCUUCCUCGUCCGAUUCUAUGGCCGACAGCCACGGAUGGCCUUGCGCCUGCACAUAUGGCUCCAGAUACUCACCCUGCUGUUGAGCACAGUGGUGUUCAUCCUGGGCUUCAUGGCAGUCGGACCUAAUCGAAGUUUGACAAAUCCGCAUCACGGCAUAGGUGUGGCCAUCUACGUCCUGAUCUGGGUUCAAGCCAUCGGCGGAUGCUUGCUUCACAGAAAAGAGAAGCGACGCACAAGACUUCACAUUCCUGUCCGGGCAAUGCUUCACCACUGGUUCGGCCGGGCUAUUGCUCUUCUGGGCAUCGUCCAGAUCGCGCUCGGCCUGACCCUGUAUGGGUCACCACUAUACCUUUUCGUCCUCUACACCUUAUAUGUGUUUGCAUUGCUCGUUUUGUACUUUAUCCUAGAGUGGUUGGCGGAGCGUAGAAGAGCGCAGUAUGAUACUGGUGGCAGCUAUUACAGUGAUGAAAUUGUCUCUAGGCCCCCUCGACACCAACACUCUGGCCUAGGAAAACUCGCAGUAGCCGGCGCGGCUGGGGCUGGGCUGGCCGCACUGUUCAAGAGGCGAUCUUCCCGCCACCGGCCACAUCCGAGCGACACUGGUACCGAAGAAAGCUCGACUUCAUACUACACCGACGAAAAAGUGUCUGAUCCUCGUCGCCAUGAUACAGGCAUCGGACACCGGCUUCUUCAAGUCGCCGCAAUAGGAGGCGCAGUGGCUGCGGCCAAAAAGUUAUUCGGUCGCAAGGAUCGUGAUGACGAUGAUUCUGAUGUUGGCCCCUAUAGACCUCCACGGCCAGCUCUUGGGGGCAAUCAGUCCGUCACCACGGACUCAAUGUCACGGGUUGAAGAGGGUCGACCGCUAGGACGCCCUGUUACUCCUGUCGGAGCAAGCCCUGGAUAUGUUCGACCUACUCACCCCCUGGCCCAACCUCCAUUGACCCCAGGCUCGGGAAGACGUCAUUCGGACUCCUCCCUGUCGUAUACCGACUCUUUUGCCUCAGCGUCGCCGUCACGACAAGAUCGACGAACGCACACAUUUAGAGAUGCGCUGGCUGCAGGAGGGGCGGUAUUCGCAGUGCGACAAUUGUUCAAGCGAAAGCCGCGAAGGGACGACCGGCGGGUUGAGCAGGAAAGAAUUUCUCGAAUGAACGGAGCCCACGGCUACACUGGCGACGGGAUUACGCCGCCCCGAAGAGUUCGACAUAAUCGGAUGGGAAGUCAGUCUGCGUCGGACCUGACUAGCGAUCUGGAAAGCCGACCAGGUGCAAGCGGGGCCUUGCCCGUGGCCGGCGCCGGUGCUGCGGCGGCGAGUGCGCUUGCUGAUCGGGACAGGAUCAGACCGGUAGGCACUGAUCCUAUGAUUCACACCCCCGGCCAUCCCAGUGCCAUGCCUGCUGAUGUACCUCCUAUUCCGCCUCCACAUCUGGACUCAUCUGGUAGUGAGCUCUACACGACAGCGUCUGGCCGCCAAAGACACAGGCAUCACCUCGGAGAAGAAGCAGCAGCAGGCAUGGCAGGGGUUGCUGCUGGAGCCGCAGCCGCAGAUCUGUCACGCAGACGGCACAGUGGCAGGCACACAGACUCCGUGGAAUCACCUCCCGUGAGCCUGAACGUCAAGAUGCACAGCGACGGGCGUCACGUAACGUUGAGACGGUUGACGGAAGAAGAGGCUGUAGCCCAGCGUGAAGCUCGAAGAAAACAACGUGCAGCUUCUGCAGGGAGAAGACGUCGAAAUUCCAGCUUCAGCAGUAGCGAUGGUGACGGUCUAGGAGCUGCAUCGAGUGGCGAUCGGCGUUGGAGACGCACAGAAGCCAGGGAGGCUGAACAAGCUGCGCAUAAUGAAGCCGCCGCCGCCGCAACCUCUGCAUCAAUGUAUCCCGAGCAUCUGGCCCCUCCAGUUCCCGGCACAGUUCCCAUGUAUCCGACCCCGCCGCCCCCAGGGACGCAAGGAGUCGAUCCUCAAACAGGACAGGCCUACCAUGUACCAGCACCUCCGCCGAUACCAGGGUCCAUGAGUAAUCUGGGACCAGGAGGAAGUGCUAUCACAUCACCUACAACCGAGACCAGCGGUGCCACCGAAUAUGCCAACAACCGUCGCCGCAGACGAGCAGAGAGAGCUCAGGCUCGGUUGGCGAGAGAGGGCAAGACGGGGAACACUGUCAAUUUUACCUGACCUAGAUCUACAAAAGGCGUUCCAUGUGCUGGACUACUCGCAACAGUUGGAACCCCUGGGGAAUGCUGCAGAAUUUUACCGUGGGUUUUGGAGGCGUUAUUGUAUCCUCAUUGCAUAUAGGCGGUGUUGAGCAGGCGCAUGCAGUAUAUGGGAGGCGAUUUCGCAUAAUUCAUUACGACGAUAUGAGGUGAGAAUGGGUGAUGGGAAGCUACUGGAUAUAUCCUGGCCUGUCCGGGAGCACCUUGUGUACGAAGCGAGCAAGAUCGAGUUGAACAAUAGAAAGGCUGCGGCGAUUUGUACAUUAUGUAAUAUCGUGGACGGUGAAGUCUGGAGUCCUUUCUUAGCCUUUGGUCGGUAGUAUUUCUGUUGAGCUAUCAUGUCAUCGAGAUAGUGAACUGUAUGCUUGCACAACUCGGGCCACAGACUGGCCAGGGAUUCGAGACUCG